AUGCUUCAUUAAACCUUCAUCUUAAAUACAUCAUAAAACCAAUCUCAUAUUAAAAUAAUAGAAAAGGACCUAUUAAAAUUUUAAAACAUUUAAAUUAUUGAUUCUAAAAAAUACGAAGAAGGACUCUCAGAUAUUGUUUAUAUAAAAUAAUCAAAUUUUUAGUAUUUACUCAAAAUAAUCAAUCUUUAAUCUGAUUUUGAAGAGCUAGGAGUAGUCUGCUAAAAUAAAUUAGCUGAUGCUCAAAAGUUAGCUAAAGAUAUUUCAGAGUCACUUCAUGAAAAUAUCAUAAAAUGCAUAAGCCAUUUUCAGAUUUAGCAUUUUUAUUUGGUUUAAAUGGAGUACUGUGGUUAGACUCUCUAGGACUGGAUUCUUGAAAAUAGGAGAAAAAAAAUAGAUAGACAAACUUUUAUAAUGCUUUCAAAAUAAAUAUUAGAUGCAGCCUCUUUUAUUCAUUCUAAAGGAUUGGUUCUAUAUAACUUUGCCCCUAGAAACAUCUUUUUGUAAAAUUAGAAUAUAAAGAUUUAAUUGUUUGGAGAAGCAAAAGAAAUCAAUCCUUCAAACUCAACUCAGUUCUUUGACAUGUAAAUUAUGUAAAAUAUUUAAUUCUACUUACCACCUGAGUUUUUAGAUAAUUCAGUUGAUGCAGAAUCACAGUCCAUUUAGUAAAUAUGGAAUUAAUAAGCAGAUUUAUGGUGUAUUGGAAUGUGUUUAUAUUCUAUGGCUUAAGCAAAGAACCUGCUAUACUAUUUAAAGGAAUUAAGUUAUGGGACUAUGUAUUACUAAUUUUAAAAGAGCAUUGAUAUCGAUAUCAAUUAUAUUCUCUUAGAUUUUUUUUAGUUUGAUCAGAUAAAAAGACCAGAUAUUCUUAAGCAAAUAGAUUCUUUUGAUAAAGCUUAAAAAAAUCUCGACUAAUUCUAAAUUUAGUAAUUAGAAAAUACUUGGGAAUUUGAUUUAGAAGAUUUUAAUUAAUAAAUUGAAGAUUUGCUUGAUGAAGCCUAUAGCUUUUUUGACUAAAAAAAAGAAAGCGAAGCUAUUGAGAAAUUUAAAAAAGUAAUAGAAAUAAAUCCUAAUUCAUACGAAACUUACUCAUCUAUUGGAUAUUGCUAUUACAUAAUAGGGGAUACAAUUAACUCUGAAGAGUCAUUUAAAAAAAGCAUUGAGUUAAACAAAAAUUACUCAAGAGCUUAUUAUUAUUUGGGAUGCGAGUAUUUCAUGUAGGGAAAAUAAGAGCAAGCUAUACUGAACCUCAAAUAGUCAAUAAAGCUUAAUAAAUAUGAUGCAGAUUCUCAUUUUAAAAUUGGUUACAUUUAUUAUGAAAAAGGAGAAGAUGAUAUCGCUAUUAAUUACUUUAAGUAAGCUAUAAAAAUCAAUCCAUAUUAUGAGCAAGCAUAUAAUAUGAUUGGAAAUAUUUACAAUUACUAACAAAAACAAGAAGAUGCUAUAAUAUGGUAUGAUAAAGCAAUAUAAUUAAACCCUAACUUUGGUGAUAAUUAUAAUAAUUUAGGACUAUAAUAUUAUAACUAGAAACAAUUUGAUUAAGCUUUGUGGUAUUUUUAGAAAUCUGCUGAAAAAAGUAAAAAUCUUGUCAAUGCAUAUGUAAAUUAAGGACUGUGUUAUUAAAAUUUAAACCAAUAAGAUGAAGCUAUUCAACAAUACUAGAAAGCUAUUGAGGUAGAUCCUAACUUUAGCGAUGCACACUAUAAUUUAGCUCUUAUUUACUAUGAUAAAAAAUUAAUGAAGGAAUCCAUAGAAUAAUACUAAAUAGCGAUAGAUGUAAAACCUUCCUCCUAUGAUGCAUACUAUAAUAUGGGAAUAGCCUACCACUCUUUAUAGUAAUAUGAUGAAGCCAUUUAGUCCUAUAAAAAUGCUAUCAAAAUUAAAGCUAACUACAAUAAUGCAAUCUAUAAUUUAGGUGUUACUUAUUAUGAUUUAGGUUAGUACGAAGAAUCACUCAAAUACUACUCUUAAGCCUAUGACUUAAAUCCUGAUUUUGUUGAUAUCUGCUAUAGUACAGGACUUUCGUACGAGAAACUAAAUAAAUACCCGGAAGCUUUAGAUUGGUAUAAAAGAGCUAUAAAACUAGACCCUCUCUACAUGGAUCCCUUCAAAAGGCUGAUAGACAUUUAUGUAAAGGAAGGAAGAUAAGAAGAAGCAAUAGAAUUCCUGACUAAAGGGAUUGGCUUAGCUGAGAAAAAUGAGGUUUAGUAUUUUUAUUUGGGAGUUAUUAAAUUUAAAGAACUGAAAUUAGAUGAAGCAAUGCAAUUUUUUAAGUAAGCAAUUGAAAAAAAUCCUAGUUUAGAGGAUGCUCACUUUAAUUUAGGUCUAUGCUACUACAAACAGAAAAAUUAUGAUGAGGCAAUCAGAGAGUAUCUAAUUGCUGAUGAAUUAAAACCUAAUUAAUCGGAUUUAAGCUACAACUUAGGUAUUACUUAUUAUUACAGAAAAGAAUUAGAAGAGGCUAAAAAGUGGUAUUUAAAAUCUAUUCAGCUAAACCCAAAUUAUUGUGACGCUUACUUUAAUUUGGGAAUUGUCUACUAUGAGGAACAAAAUUAUGAAGAAGCUAUUUAAAUGUACAAAAAAUCAUUCGAGCUAGAUUCAAAGUUUGCCGAUGCUUGCUAUAACACAAGUAUAACUUAUGAUAAGCUCAAUGAUUCAGAAUAAUGCAUCUAUUGGUCUGAAAAAGCUAUUGAAAUUGACCCAAAAUGUAUAGAUACGUAUAAGUUUUUAGGAUAGAUAUUUUCCAAAUUGGAUAACAAUGAAAAAGCUCUUAAAAUUUACUUAAAACUAGUAGAUUUAUUACCUGAUGAUGAAAAUGCACUUUAUAAUUUAGGUAUAACAUAUUAGCUAUUGCACAUGUACAAUGAAGCAAUUGAGGUAUUUGAAAAAGGCUAUAAAAUAAAUCCUAACUAGUGUGAUCUUUUAUAUAAUUUAGGGUUAAUAUAUUAUGAACUAAAAGAGAAUGAACUCUCUAUAUAAUGGUAUCAGAAAGCCUUAAAUGUCAAUCCAAAGUAUUAGAAUGCACAUUACAAUAUUGCAUUAUGCUAUUAUGAUGACGACCUAAUUCCAGAAGGGAUUCAAAGUAUUAAAAAAUUUUUAGAAUUAAAAACUUUCUCUUCUCAUAAGGGAUAUCUCUUGCUAGGACAUUUGUAUUAUAAAAAUAAGCAAACUAAUCUUGCCAUCUAAUGCUAUAAGAAAGUAAAAAAGAUGUACCCAGACACUAAAGAAGUUGAUUAGUGGCUUGGAUUUUUGUAUGAUGAUAAAGAAAUGUAUGAAAGUUCAAUAAAAGCUAAAUAAAAAAAUAUUAAAUAUAAUCCUGAUUAGAUUGCUACAAAUUAGUCUUACUUAAAUCAAACAAAAGGUGAUAUUUGA